AGCAUUGUCGCUGUCCAUGGAAUGAACCUGGAAAAUAAUGAGCGACACGCAGAUAAUACAUGGACUGAUCGUACGACAAAUGUCAACUGGCUAAAGGAUCUUCUCCCAUCGAGACUCCCGAAUGCAAGAGUACUUGCGUAUCAAUAUAAUGCAAAUAUUGCAUUUGGCGCGUCUUCAGCCGGUAUCAAUGAGCAGGCCAAGAAUAUGCUU